AUGUCCAUGUUUUUGUUUUCCUUUGGUUCACAGGGACAACCAAUAGAAACAAUGGUUCAUAUUCAUGAUAUGGCCGGAGCAAGUAUGUUUCUAAGGAAAACCUUGAAUUUCUUCAAAAGAAUAGCAAAACUUGAUCAAGAUUACUACCCUGAAAGAAUGGGAAAGGUAUGUAUUUGGUACAUUGCAAUGUUGCUAAUAUAUAAUAUUAAUCUACAAGAUAAUAAUAUAGAGCUGACUGAUAGUCUGAAGAUUCUUGGUGUCAUUUUAGAUGAAAGAAUAACAUUUAAGCCCUAUAUACAAGUACAACUUAAGAAGGCGUGUGCUAAGGCAGCUGCCAUGCGUAAGCUGCGUAAGUUUAUGCCACAAGAAGUUAUGAUUCACCUUUACAAAGCAUAUCUAGAAGUUAAAGACAAUCCACAACUUAUAGAGCAGACAGUAGGACCCAAGAAAUCUUUUACUUACAAGGUAAACUGUGACAACAAGAAAGGUGACACGUCUAUAGCGUGGUAUUUUAAAGCUACAAGUAAAGAUAUUCAAUUUGGACUUAAAUUCAAGGCCAAGCCUCAUUCAGGAUGGAAAGACAAUGAAAAUGAAAUUGAAGAAAUCUGGGUGGAGGAACUGGAGCCAAUUUCAGAAUGUGAUACAUCAGUGACUGGUUUCUACACUCCGCCUUGUCCUGGUAUCUGCACCUUGGUAUGGGACAAUUCAAACUGCAAGUGGCUCUCAAGAACAAUCAAGUACCACGUCAUGGUCAGCGAGGUAGAUUCUGAUGAAGAAAUUUCAACCAAUGGCAACAAAGAAAAUUCCUAAACAGCAAGUAUUGUUAGAGGUGGCUUCUAGAAUACUAUAUUCAUUCACGCAGAUGAGGAGCUGGAGAUGUCCAUGGUGUGAUAGUGGGUGAGGGUAAAGGCAGAAUCAAUCAUUGCUUAAUAGCAUCUCAAACAAGUACUUUGGUGUAAACAUACUACUCUUUGAAAAUAUAACAAGACAGGCUCUUGUUUUAUCUUACUGUUAGCCAGUACUCACUUUACUCAGUAUCUAUCAUAGAAUAGAUACUGAGUUUUGUAGCCAAUCAGAUUGCAGCAUUUUAGAUAGAUAGUGAGUUGUAUAGCCAAUUAGAUUGCAGCAUUUUAAAGAGACUAUCAUUAAGAAGAUCUGUACCAUUUACUCAUAAGUGAAAGAGUCAGUAAGGAAGUAGACAAUUUUUUCGAUAACAUGCCAGGCUAAUAGUCUUUCAGUAUGCUGCUGUUCUGUAUUGCAUGAAGUUUGUUUGAUUUUUUUUUUUUAAUUUUAAUGUUGAGCACCUGGUUUUGAGAUAACUUAUGAUGCAUAAGGAUUGAAGAUUGAUGAGUUCUUAAACCCUCUAGAAUACCUUCCACGGGAAUUUGUAAGGGAAUCUUUGUGGCAGUUAUCUUAUAUUGAGACUAUACACCUCAAAAUUGGUAGAAAGAGUUGAUCUUAUUCCCGCUAUUGAUCUUAUUGAUUUUAAAAUUUUUUUCAUUUUGAGUAUUGAAGUGUUUGAUAUAUAACAUAACGGAAGCUGAAUUAUGCGAGCAUUUUGAUUGGUUCUUACUCAUGAUCUGUUGGAGGACUGACGCAUAGGCAACAUCAUCAUUAACAUUUCAGUGACCCACAGAAUAAUAAUAAUAAUAAUAAUAAUAAUAAUAAUAAUAAUAAUAAUAAUAAUAAUAGCUGCACCUGGCAGACCACUUUUUUGUUUAAAGCACAUCUGCCAUCAUUGGAGGUGCAGUGGCCUCAGGGUUAGUGUGCUCGACUCUGGAUCGAGUGGUCUGGGUUCAAGCCCUGGCCAAGGAUAUUGUGUUGUGUUCUUAGGCAAGACACUUUAACUCACAGUGUCUCUCUUCACCCAGGUGUUUAAAUGGGUAUCAUUGAAUUUAAUGCCAGAGUGUAACCCUGCGAUGGACUAGCAUCCCAUCCAGGGGGGAGUAGAAAUACCCCUAGUCCUUUCAUGCUAUAGAAACCAAAGUUAAGCUCCAUCCUGAUGGGCCACUUGGCUCUUUCACUGAAAAGAUUCACAGCAAGAUGCAAGAUGGAAUGUAUUUGUUAAAUUUUUCCUAAUAUCAAUACACAGUCAAUCAAACUGGUAAUGAGAAGAACAAAAUUUGCUGACCAGGAAAUAUAAUGUCUUGUCGCAUUCUUUUUACAUCUAAAUGAGAUUUUUCUGUCCUCGAAGGAUAGGUGGGUAUUUUCAUAGCAUUGGUUUUUAACUGUGGCAAUGAUAUUUAUAAUGAUUAAUUAAUGGUGAAUGAUAACAACAUUAUUUAUUGAUGAGAGUUAUCUUGCAAAUCGAAUUCAAGAUAUUUAAUGGAUUGAUCAUGAAUUCUGGACAUAUUUUUCUAGUGAUAUAGGUGUAUUUGACAUGCUAUUUAAACAGCGUAUGAUAAUUAUAUUGUGAUACUUGCCACUAUCACUUACUCACUACUGUAUGAACAUGUGGCUGAAAAGUGGUAAUAUUAUUAAUGGUGAGGGUUAAUUCUAGUGAAUUUGAAGGUUUCCCACAUAAAUUUGUAAAAUGAGGUAGAAAAAAGUGCUAGUUUUGUCUAUAAAUAAAAACCAGGCUAAAAUUAAGUAUCUAAAAUUCAAAACAUACAAGUAUUAUUAGCUUAGCUCUUCAACUUCUUACAAUUUUUACAUACACUUACUUCUACCCUGCUGGCAGAGGCGUUUAUUUGUGAACUUCCCCUACGGUCCA